CUGAGGGGUUCAGUAAGCCAGAAAAAUGAAAAUCGCAAUUUUUAUGCUACUUGUAAUUGCAUCGGCCUGGGCCGCGCCACAUACCAGAUCUGUCAAUGAAGAGCCUAGCGAUCAGCAACUUGUCAAAGCUGAGGAAGAAAUUGUCAUCGACGAUGAUGGUCGUUUCAGAAUGAGAUUAGUCGCCGAGGAUGGGACGACUAUCCAGGAAGAAGGAGUUCUCAUAGAGGAUCAAGAAACCGGAGAAAAUCGAAUUAUUGUUGAAUCCGGAAGAUAUACUUACAUCAGUGAAGACGAAGGACCCAUUGAACUUAUUUACAACGCAAACCAGCUCGGCGAUUACGAUAUCGUUGAAUAAAUCGAGAAAAUGGUGCCCAUCUCUGUCUCAAACCAGCCAUAAAGAAAUAAAUGAAUAAAUAACUGGAAGGAAAUAUCACCCGUAUAAACAUAAUUCAUAAUUGUAUACAUUUCAAGUUCCUCUUCAAGCAAGGAAGAGCGAAAGUCGC